AUGGAACCACAGGCCACAAGAGGGGGGAGAGAGGAUACAUUCAUUCAGUCAUUCUACGAGGGGGCGGAGAAGAGAAGAGAAGAGAGAAAAGGGCAGCAGCAGCAGCAGCAGCAGCAGUAUGACAGGCAGCAGGCGUGCGAGAACAAGAACCGGUCGGCCGUCGAUGGAACGCCCGUGAGUGGGCCGGGCGGGCCUCCAGAGGGCGAGUCGACGAUCCUCCGCGCUCCUGACUGGCCUGGACAAAAUGCCCCGGCCGCCUCUCAGCGUCGCCGGAUUCGUGACUAUUUCGGCACCCCCGUUGCCCUGGAGCGGGGCUUUUUAGCAUCAGCAUCCCCAAGAGUGCAAAGGUACAAAGUAAUACCCACCCCUUAGUCUUAGUGAGUGCGGCUAGCGCCGUACCUCCCGAUUACAGCAGCGCCCGGGAGAGAGAUGACAGAUGUCAUCAAAAGCCCUAUCCGAUCCGAAGCCAGUUCUUGCUGGACAGCCCUUCGGGAUUUGGGAGAAGGAGCUUGGGCACAACCCAGAAAAUUGAAAGGGGAGGAUCAGGCUGUUGGGCUAUUCCGAGUCUUGUUGGGGAUUGGGAUUGGGGGAAUCCACGGCCGCAAUCGUCCCAAGGAGCGAGGAGCGAUGAACCACGGGCAGAGGAAG